UUGAUCUUCCUCCAGGUGUUGCAUCGGUGCCUCCUGGGUGGGGUCAGGCUUCCUUUGGAACACGGCUCAAAGAUGGCCGAGCAAAACUCAGAUGGUCCUAAUGGAGGAAGAGACCCUGAUGCCAUUAAGACCGAGAGCAGUGGGGAAUUCUGGGAAAGAACGGAGCAAAAGCUCCAGGGCGAGGGCAUGGCCAGCUCAGACAUGCAGCUCCAGCUUUUCAGGCAGUUCCGCUACCAGGAGGCUGAGGGACCCCGAGAGGUUUGCAACCAGCUCCACAGUCUUUCCUGUCAGUGGCUGAAGCCAGAGCAACACACAGAAAACCAGAUUGUGGACCUGGUGGUCCUGGAGCAGUUCCUGACCAUCCUGCCAGCGGAGAUGGCGAACUGGGUGAGGGAAUGUGGAGCGGAGAGCAGUUCUCAGGCGCUGGACUUGGCAGAAGGCUUCCUCCUGAGCCAGGCGGAGGACCAGAAGCAGCAAGUGCAGCAGCAGGUACAGCAUCUGUUUGCAGAAGCAGUCCCUGAAUUCUCUGCAGCAGAGAAAGCUCCGGCCAUCAGAGAAAGGGAGAUCAAGCAAGAGGAUGACGGAUGUGUUGCCUUGCAGGGGGAUAUAAUGACACCGGCAAUAAGAACUCAGCCAUCUGUUUUUCUUUAUGAUGGAGUGAAACAAGAUCAGAGCCUUAGUAGCACCGCCUCAUACAGACAUCUUUGCCCGGAUACAGAAGAGGGAAGAGGUUCUAUGGCCCCGUUGGAGGCGUCUUUGGAACACGGAUCAAAGAUGGCAGAGGAGGGCUCAGCUGGCCCCGAACCAAAAAGAGUCCCUGAUGCCAUUAAGACUGAGAGCAGUGGGGAAUUCUGGGAAAGGACGGUGGAGAUGAUCCAGGAUGAGGACAUGACCAGCUCGGACGUGCAGCUCCAGCGUUUCAGGCAGUUCCGCUACCAGGAGGCUUUGGGACCCCGAGAGGUUUGCAACCAACUCCAUGAUCUUUCUCAUCAGUGGCUGAAGCCGGAGCGACACACAAAAAACCAAAUGCUGGACCUGGUGAUCCUGGAGCAGUUCUUGACCAUCCUGCCAGCAGAGAUGGCGAGCUGGGUGAGGGAAUGCGGAGCGGAGACAACUUCCCAGGCAGUGGCCCUGGCCGAAGGCUUCCUCUUGAGCCAGGCAGAGGACCAGAGGCAGCAAGAGCAGCAACAGGUACAAAGCCUGUUUGCAGACGUGGGACCUGAUUUCCCUGCAGAGAAGGCUCCAUCAGGCACCUGGCAGAGCCACCCACAAAGGGAGAUCAAGCAGGAGGAGGAUGGACAACCCGCCUUGCAGGAAGAUGACAGCUGUGAAGCAGAAAAGAACAGAGAACCAAGUGGGAUCUUACCGAAAACUGGAAAAUGUAUAAAUAGCAAACAGCAGAGAAGGAAAAUUCAAGCAAAUCAGAGUAAGAGGAAAUGUUGUUUUGCUUCUCCAGGCAAUAGCUACCAUGAUAUCACGAUCAAAGAAAACAUACAUAAAAAACAAGAAAAGAAGAGGUGCCAUAUCCGUCAGAAAACCUUUAAUUCUGAAUCAAAUAUUAAACCUCGUGGCAAAAUUCAAACAUUGAAGAAACCAUAUAAAUGCAAGGAGUGUGGAAAGAGCUUCAGCAAGAAGAUACAUCUCACUUUUCAUCAAAGAACUCAUACAGGAGAGAAACCGUAUAAGUGCUUGGAAUGUGGAAAGAGCUUUAGUCAGAAAAUAAAUCUCACUUCUCAUCAAAGAACUCAUACAGGGGAGAAACCAUAUAAAUGCUUGGAAUGCGGAAAGAGCUUCAGACAGAAGAUAAAUCUCACUUUUCAUCAAAGAACUCACACAGGGGAGAAACCAUAUAAAUGCUCAGAGUGUGGAAAGAGCUUCAGUCAGAAGAUAAAUCUCACUUUUCAUCAGAGAACUCACACAGGGGAGAAACCAUAUAAAUGCUUGGAGUGUGGAAAGAGCUUCAAACAGAAGAUUGCUCUCACUUCUCAUCAAAGAACUCACACUGGGGAGAAACCAUAUAAAUGUUUGAAGUGUGGAAAGAGCUUCAGUCAGAACGCACAUCUCACUCUACAUGAAAGAACCCACACAGGUGAGAAACCAUAUCAUUGUUUAAAAUGUGGAAAGAGCUUCAGUCAGAAAAGAAAUCUCACUCAACAUGAAAGAAUUCACACAGGGGAGAAACCAUAUAAUUGUUUGGAGUGUGGAAAGAGUUUUACUCAUAAAAUAAGUCUCACCUCCCAUCAAAGAACUCACAGAGGAGAGAAACCAUAUCAUUGUUUGGAGUGUGGAAAGAGCUUCACAGAUAAGAAAAAUCUUACUUCUCAUCAAAGAACUCAUACAGGGGAGAAAGCAUAUCACUGCUUGGAGUGUGGGAAGAGUUUCAGUCAGAAGAAACAUCUUACUUCUCAUGAAAGAACUCACACAGGUGAGAAACCAUAUCAUUGUUUGGAGUGUGGAAAGAGCUUCAGCCAGAAGAUACAUCUCACUUUGCAUCAAAGAACUCAUACAGGGGAGAAACCAUAUAAUUGUUUGGAGUGUGGAAAAAGCUUCAGUCAAAAGAUAACACUUGUUUCUCAUCAAAGAACUCACACAGGGGAGAAACCAUAUAAAUGCUUGGAAUGUGAAAAGAGUUUCAGUCGGAAGAUGCAUCUCACUUCUCAUCAAAGAACUCACAGAGGGGAGAAACCACAUAAAGGGAGCCAGUGUGGUGUAGUGGUUAGGGUGUUGGACUGGAACUGGGGGGAUCCGUGCUCCAGUCCUCACUCAGCUAUGAAGCUCACUAAGUGACUUUAUGCCAGUUAAUGACUUUCAGCAUAACUUACCUCACAGGGUUGCUGCGAGAAAAUAAAAUGAAGAGGAAGAGGACUGUGAGCUGCGUUGGGUUCCUUGC